CGUUGUGACAUGAUGCAAACAGAAAUUCCAACAACCUCCAGAUAUGAUUAGGGUUCCUCCCCUGACAAGACCUAUCUUUGUAGUCUUUGACUCCUUGGCCUCUAGGUGGACAGCUCCAGUCAGCUCUGCCAGGGAAGAUGACUGAGUAUGAGUUCAUGUAUAUCCACUCCCUGGCUGAGCACUAUCUUCAGUAUGUCCGACAGGUACCUGCCUCUGAGUCGGCUCCAAGCGAAACAUCCAGAGUGCUACAAAGAGUUGCUUUCUCCGUUCAGAAGGAAGUUGAAAAGAAUCUGAAGUCAUACUUGGAUGACUUUCACGUGGAAUCCAUAGAUACUGCCAGAAUAAUAUUCAACCAAGUGAUGGAAAAAGAGUUUGAAGAUGGCAUCAUUAANUGGGGAAGGAUUGUGACUAUAUUUGCCUUUGGGGGUGUUCUCCAAAAAACUUCCACAAGAGCAGAUUGCCCAUGAUGUAGGUGCUUACAAACAAGUUUCCAGUUUUGUGGCAGAAUUCAUAAUGAAUAA